AUCCGCUAAGAGUUCCUCUCCUCAGUGUCUGGAGUGAUAUAUUUUAUGAGCUGUGCCUGUGAGCUGUGGUAAGAUGAUCAUCUCUAAGUUUAGGGACGGUUUGAUCUGUCUUUGGGUUCCUUUGUGAACUGUGAGGGAAAUAGGCUUCCUGGUUUUCUAAUGUAUGCACUUAAAGCUAUAGACCCCCUUCAUAUAGGACUCUUGUUUUUAUGUGUCCCGAAGGUUUUGUUGUCUUUUCAUUUUGAUAUAGUUGCAGGAAUUUUGAUUUCUUUCUUUAUUUCCUCUUUAGCCCAUUCAUCUUUCAUUUCUGAGUUAUUUAAUUUCUGUGAGUUUGUGUACUUAGUAGGGAUUUGUUUGCAGUUGAUUUCAAGUUUCAUUGCACAGUGGACAGGUAGGACCCAUAAAGUUAUUUCAGUCUUUCAGAAUCUGUUAAGCUUUGUCUUAUGUCUUGAGAUAUGAUCUGUUUCUGAGACGCUUCCAUGGACUGCUGAGUAGAUUGUAUAUUCUUUCAUAUUUCAUCAAUAUUCAAUUUCAUAGAAUAUUGAUGUUUCUUAUCCAGAUAACCUGUCUAUUGGAGACAGUCAGGUAUUAAAAUUACCUAAUUCUGGAUUAGUGUUAAUCUGUGUCUUUAAUUCCACUAGUAUGCUUUUUUUUAACACACACACACACACACAAGUGUAUAGUCUGCAUAUAUAUAUACAUACCACGAGUGUCUGAUGCCUGUGAAGGUCAGAAGUGGGCAUUCCCUGGAACUUUAGGUAUCCUGGAAGAGGAGUUAUGGGUGGUUGUGAGCCACCGUGUAAGUUCUGGGCACCAGCCUCUGGUGUGCUUUUUAUAAAGUUGGGAGCACCAGAGCCUGUUGCAUAUGUUUAGGUAAUCUCAUUUUGGUUAAUUGUUCCCUAUGAAUCCGCUAUUCGUGUUGUUAACCUGCAGCAUGCAUCUUUCUUCACCGGGUUUUAGUUCUCUCUCAGCUAACCACUACAGAGAGGAGACUCUCCUUCCACAAGUCCCGGUGCUUCAGGGUGGGGACUCUGCUGCUUCUGCUUCUCCUCCUGCUUUCUUUUUCUCCCUAGUCUCUGAAAUCCAUCAACUUUGAUUUGUCUGAGGUAUCAACCACAACCAUUCUCUUUCGUAGGUUGCCUUGUUUUCAUCCGGUACAUAAUCAAACUAGGGCUGACUAUCUCUGCCCUCCUGUGAAGCAUAAGGCCAUAGUCAUAGAUUUAAAUGGCCACAUCCAUUUCUUAUAGUCUUAAAAUUCAAAAGUUUUGAAUCUCAAAUAUUUUGAUCUCGAAAUAUUAAAGUUGUUGGGUUUUUUUUCCUAAUUUACAAUGUCACCUAUGUGAUAAACCAACUGUUUGUUUACAUUUGAGCCAGUUAAAUACAGUUAACUUUUUCUGUGAUCCAUUUCUCUCUUCCUGUGUACUUUAUGUGUGUGCAUGUGUGUGUGUGUGUGUACAUGUGUGCACACACACUGCAUGCUUGUACAUACGAUUGUAUUUGGAAGUUGUACUGGCUGGCUUGUGUGUCACCUUGACACAAGGUGGAGUUAUCACAGAGAAAGGAGCCUCCCUUGAGGAAAUACCUCCAUGAGAUCCAGCUAUAAGGCAUUUUUUCAAUUAGUCAUCAAGUCAGGGAGGGCCCAGCCCAUUGUGGGUGGUGUCAUUCCUGAUCUGGUAGUCCUGGAUUCUAUAAGAAAGUAAGCUGAGCAAGCCAGGGGAAGCAAUCCAGUAAGCAGCAUCCUCCAAGGCCUCUGCAUUAGCUCCUGCCUCCAAGUUCCUGUCCUGUGUGAGUUCCUAUCCUGACUUUGGUGUCUAACAGCAAGGUGACUCUGUGACCUUUGAAGAUGUGGCUGUAAACUUCACUGUAGAGGAAUGGGCUUUAUUAGAUCCUUCCCAAAAGAAGCUACACAAAGAUGUAAUGGAGGAAACCUUCAGGAACCUAGCUGCAAUAGGAAAAACACAAGAAGACCAGAAUGUAGAUGAUGACCAUAGAUAUUCUAGAAGAAAUCAAAGAAAUGAAGUUGUGGAAAGACUGUUGGAACAUAGCAAAGGUGGUGAAUAUAAAGAAAUCUUCAGACAUAUUCCAAACACUAUUGUAAACAGGAACAUUUCCCACAGAACGGUGCUGUGUGAAAAGCGUGUGUACAAGGACAACAUGCUCAUCAGUCAUCCAUCUUGUGCUGUAUCUGUGCCUCUUCAGACUACACACAAACCUCAUGAAUAUGAGCUACGUGGAGAGACCCCCUAUAAAUUUGGAGAAUGUGAGAAAGCCUUCAUUUAUCCAGAAUGCUUCCUGAAGCACGAAGACAGUGUCACUAGACAGAGAUCCUAUGACUUUAACCAGUGCGAGAAAAUCUUCAAAAGUAAUGAUUACAUUCAAAUACAUAUGAAUGAUGAAAUUAGAGAAGAAAUAUGUAUAGAUAAGCAGCAUUAUAAUGCCUUUACUUAUCCUGAUUUUCUUCAGUAUGUUGAGAAGAUCCGCACUGGAAAGAAACCCUAUGCAUGUAAACAAUGUGGGAAAACCUUUUCUUUUUUGAGUAACAUUAGAAGACAUGAACGAACUCACUCUGGAGAGAAACCGUACAGAUGUAAUAUCUGUGACAAAGCCUUCACUUGUUCAACUAACUUUCAAGAACAUGAAAGAACUCAUACUGGAGAGAAACCCUAUUUAUGUACACAGUGUGGUAAAUCCUUUUCUUUUCUGAGUAACAUUCGAAGACAUGAACGCACUCAUACUGGAGAGAAACCGUACAGAUGUAAUAUCUGUGGUAAAGCCUUCAGUUAUUUGACGAACUUUCAAGACCAUGAAAGGACUCAUACUGGAGAAAAGCCUUAUGUGUGCACACAGUGUGGGAGAGCCUUCACUUACUACUAUUCCUUUCAGACACAUAAACGAUGCCACACUGGUGAAAAACCCUAUGUGUGUGAGCAAUGUGGAAAAGCCUUCAGUUAUUACAAUUCCAUUCAAACACAUAAGCGUUGUCACACCGGAGAAAAGCCCUAUGUAUGUAAGCUGUGUGAUAAAGCCUUUACUACUCUCAGUUCUCUUCGAUAUCAUGAGAGGAUUCACAGUGGUCUGAAGCCCCAUGUAUGUUUGCAAUGUGGGAAAGGUUUCAAUUCUUCCAGUACCCUUCGAAUACAUGAAAGGACUCACACUGGAGAGAAACCCUAUAAAUGUAAAAAGUGUGGAAAAGUCUUUAGUGUUGACAGUUCCCUCCGAUGCCAUGAAAGGAUUCACAGUGGGGAGAAGCCCUAUGUCUGUAAGCAGUGUGGGAAAGCCUUCACGCGCCAUACCUCCCUUCGAUGUCAUGAAAGGAUUCACUGUGGGGAGAAACCCUAUAUAUGUAAGCAAUGUGGGAAAGGUUUUAUUUCUUCCAGUAACUUUCGAAAACAUGAAUGGACUCAUUCUGGAGAGAAACUCUAUGUAUGUAAACUAUGUGGUAAAGCCUUCACUGGUCAUAGUUCACUUCAACGGCAUGAAAGAGUUCACAGUGGAGAAAAACCCUAUGUAUGUAAACAUUGUGGGAAAAGUUUCUCUUCUUUGAGUGGCUGUCAGAGACAUGAACAAAUUCACACUGGGGAGAAACCCUACGUAUGCAAGAAUUGUGGGAAAGCCUUUACUAAUCCUAGUGCCCUUCGAAAUCAUGAAAGGAUUCACAGUGGUGAAAAGCCCUUUGUAUGUGAGCAGUGCGGGAAGGGUUUCAUUUCUUUUAGUAAGUUUAGAAUACAUGAACGGAUUCACACUGGAGAAAAACCAUAUAAGUGUAAACAAUGUGGAAAAGCCUUCACUGGUCACAGUUCCCUUCGACGUCAUGAAAGAAUUCAUAGUGGAGAGAAACCUUUUGUAUGUAAACAGUGUGGGAAAUCCUUUUAUACUUUAAGUGAUUGUCAAAGACAUGAACAGAUCCACACUGGUGAGAAACCUUUCAUUUGCAAGCAAUGUGGGAAAGCUUUUACCCGGUCCAGUUCCCUUAAAAUACACGAGAAGACUCACGGUAGAAGAAACUCCUAAGUGUAGAACAUGGAAAGGCAUUCUUAGCAUGACAAGGCAUAGAGCAGAGAACCAGGGCCAUGCUGUAUGUAGGAAUGCCUCUAAUCAUCUUGAUGGCAUUCGCCAACAUAACAGUUCAUACCAUAGUAAGAAGCCCUACAUAAUAUCAGUAGAGAUACAUACCUUAAAUGGAUGUAUAUAGAAGUCUUCAGUUGGCUAACCUCUGAGAGUACCCAGUAUCAAAAAUUGUAUAACAAAGUUAUCAAAACAGUUUACAAAGUUUUAUGAAAAUCCCUUAAGUAACAGAUUUCAUUAAUUCUUUUUAAGAUCCCUGUGAAUAAACACUUACUGGUCAAUAAUUCAGAAGAUGAAUCUCUAGAACGUUUACUUCUAAUUUUGACUCUUGUGAAUAAAUUUUCAGGUGAUCUAAUCUCUAAAUGUCUUUAAGCAGUAAGGAGUGAACUUAAUGGGUUGUGUCUUUACAAUUCAUGUAUAAUUCUUCUCUCUGUGUUGGAUUCAAAUGAGAUAUAUUCCUAAUAUGUUUUUUAGAGUAAUGUUAAUGAGCUGUUGAAAAAUGAAGUUUUGUUUUUAGGCUUUCUCUAUUGACAUCACGUGGGAGCUUCUUUGAUAUUUUUGUUUUUGUCUUGUUUUUGUUUUGUUGGAUUUUCUUUUGAGACAGGGUUUCUUUGUGUAGCCCUGGCUACCCUGGAACUGGUUCCUUAGACCAGACUGGCAUCAAACUUGGAGAUCUACCUAUCUCUGCUUCCCAAGUGCUGGGAAUAAAGGUGUGUGCCGCCAUGCUGGGCUUUAUCAUUGAUGUUUAUAAUGUAUCUUUUCUAUUCUUCUCAUUGUUAAUGCCAAAUACUUGAAGCAACUUAAGAGGGGGAGAGUUUCUUCCCUUUGGCUCACAGUUCAUUAUGGCAAGAAAGUCUUCAAGUACAGGAGUUUAUAUCAUUUUGCGGAUACUAGAAACUAGUGUGCAUUAUACGAAGGAACCAGUAGACAGUUUUUCCCAAGGCCUACUUCCUCCAAUUAUGUCAUACCUCCCAAACUUCCCUUCUUCUAAUUGUACCUCAUGAACAUGUGCAGAGGGGGUCCUUUGGCUAGGAUAGAGCCCUGCUGAGCUCAUCAUUUCUGGAAAUGACAAGGCACAGUUGUGCUACUUUAACCCUAGCAUCUCACAGUUGAUUUCUCAGAUCAGAUGGCAUUUUAUAUUUGAUGUUUUAUACUUAGAUGUAUGUUUUCUUGAAGACUUUGCACAUUAGAGUUCUGAAAAUUCUGAACUAUUUUGGCCAAUUUACAGAUCAUCAAAUGAAAAGAUACCUGCAAAUAUCCUACCAUAAUCAUAAGUUAGAUAGCAUGACUGCUAAUGUUUACCUUUAAUGUCAAGUCAUUGUCAUAUGCUUAUAAAUAGUGCUUACACCUCAAUUCAUGUGUUAAUUUCAGUCCAGUAACUUUUGUUUGUUACUUGUGCUUUACUCCUACACAUAGUUUAAGUGCCUUCUUACCAGAGAUUACAGGGACCUUACUUUUUGUGUACUAAUAUCUAAUGAAUUAUGCUUCCAAAUCUGUCUGUAACCAUAAGUUACCAUGUGUUUUGUCAUUAAAACCACUUUUCCCUUUU